AUGGAUACGCCGGCAUCUGAGCCUGCUCUAGCGUCAGAUUCUUCCACGUCAGCAGAGGACGUGGAGGAGGUUGAGAUUGAGGUGGUCGACGAGCCGCGUCGCGCGGAUUUUCAGGAGAAAGGAGUGGCGUCUAUGUUCGUCGAUGCCGACAGGGUGGUGCUGGGAGUGGCGUCUAUGUUUGUGGACGCGGACAGGGUGGUGCUGGGAGUGGCGUCUAUGUUUGUGGACGCGGACAGGGUGGUGCUGGUAACCAGUAACAUUGAGGCGGAGCGAAUCACAGCAGAGGAGCUCGCAGGGCUUGGCAGUAUUCAGGUGUUCGCCAAGCCGUGGUUCUGGGACGACUCGGCGCACUUGAACAGGCUCAUGACUCUAGGUCGCGGGUUCAAGCCCGAGCCAGACACAGGGGACAUUCUCACCCCAAUAUUCGCCGAGCUAAGAGCCACUCUUACCCCCUUCGAAGUGGGUAAAUACCGCGUUCUAGCCCGGCAGUGCGGGGAGCUUCUGGGGGAGGUAGCGUGGGGGUUGAGGAGGGGGAUGACUGAGAAGGAGGUGGCAGGGGCUGUGGCGGGCGCGUGUUACUCGAGGGGAAUUCACCCUAUUUUAUUGCUGGUGGGGGCGGAUGAGAGGAUGGAUAAGUGGCGACAUCCGCUGCCCACUUCUAAUGUGGCCAAGUCACGCCUCGUCAUUACCCUGUCCGGUCGUCGUCACGGGCUCAUCGCCUCUCUCUCCCGAGUCAUCCAUUUCGGCCCGCUCCCCUUGGACUCGCCCCUUCGCUACAAGCACACCGCUGUGACUUACGUGGAUAGCGUCGCCAUCGCCAGCACGCGUGUCGGCGCCACGUCAGAUGCAAUCAUGGCAAGAAUCCAGCAGGCCUAUGAGGAGCGAGGGUUUCGGGAUGAGUGGUUGCAUCACCACCAAGGGGGAGCGACGGGGUACAGGACUAGGGAGUGGAAAGCGGAACCGGGUGUACGGUAUUAUGUGGGCUCCCCACAAGCGUUUGCGUGGAAUCCGUCUAUAGCGGGUACAAGAUCAGAGGAUACGAUCUUGGUGGGGGGCGGUGCGGGGGACGGUGGUGGAGUGGGGAAUGGAGCAGGAGAUGGGGGAGUGGAUGGGGCAUGUCCGGAAGUCUUGACGGCGACCCCUGAUUGGCCGAUGAUUCGGCAUGUCGUUGAUGGAAUUGAAAUCAUGCGACCAGAUGUGUUGGAAAUCAUGGACUGA